GACACCAUUCCGGCGAUGGUCUUCCAUGGUUGAAUUGCUUUCUCGCAGCAGUUGUCGUCCUUACAAAUCGGCUUUUUACAUCGUUCUCCUCGCAUAGUGUUUUAGUCGUGUCGCACUUAAAAGAUUUUUCAGUCAAUAAGUUUUAAAAAGAUUGGAACGUUUUUGAAUCAACUAGUUUUUAUUUUUACUACCAGUACCACAAAAACACAAAACAAAAAAAGGAUAAAAAGUCCUGAGCUCGAAGAGGAGAGAUUUUGUGCACCACUAUUCAGUUAAUAGAAACUUGAGUGUUUUAUUUUACAAUAUUUUGUGCACUUUGUGUUAAGUGAAGAUAUCCUGAAUAAAAUACAAAAUAAAAAGGAUUUUAUUUUUAUCCUUUUUACUACUCUAUUUGUGUCUUCUUAAUACCUCCUCGUGUUAUAAAUACUAUUCAUUGUCCUGCGGUUUGAAUAGAAACAAGCUACGACGGACGUCAGACAUCAGCCAUAAGCUAUCAGAGUGUCGUCGACUAAUCUAAUUACAUUUCCGGUGAGUUAUUUCGGUUUCGUGUGAGAUCUUAUAGAUCCGGUGUGAAUUUCCAUCUGCGCGAAUAUUCGUUUCUAAAAAAGGAUCAAAAGUGCCAGGACUAGUGUCAGUGCCAGUGCCAGUGUAAGUGUCAACAACGAACGUAAAAGGCAAACAUCAUGAAGGCUGUGCUAUUUCUAUCGCUAUCAAUUUUAAUCCUUGGUGUUAAGGCAUGGCCAUCACCAAUGAAAAUGCCAUUUGAUGUUUUUCCAGAAGGAUAUAAAGUUCAUACGAUUUCAGAUUGCAUGCAUGUUGCAUCCGAGCCAGGAGAUUAUGUAUUCAAGAAGACUCCACACAUGAUUCCACCCAAAGAAGUAGACUUAUUAGACGUAGGAGAUUCUAUGGCAGUUUGCGGUUUAUAUGUGAUUGGAGAGCCUGACACUAUAAUCGAAAUAACAAUGAAAUACUAUGAUGUCAAUUGUGAAACAGGUGGACUUAUGGCGUUUGUGGAUGGUUGGGAACUUAAUGGAGAAUACUUCCCUGGAAUUGAAGAUCACCAUAAGUCACGAGAUGAUCGUAUAGUCGAGUUUUGUAAUAAUUACAAUCAAUGGCCACCAAUUAGCAAUAAGAAAUUCUUCCGGUCCAAUCAAAAUGCAGCCCUGCUGCAAUACAGAAUUCCAACCCGAGGUUCAUUUAUAGCAAAUGUCCGUUUCCAUAAAAUUACUCAACCUUGCAACAUUCUCGUCCACGACACUGUUGCCAUCUAUCAGCUAAGUAAUUUUGGACAUCAAAGAAAUUGUACCCUGUCAGCACUUUUCCCAGCUGUUGUAGCUUUGGGAAAUUUGAAAAUUGGCGGUAAAAGUGCUAUGAAGGAAAAAGUUAACUAUGAGUGUACUAUGCCUGAUAGGCUUCAAAUUGGAGGAACAUCUGGAUUGGAUUCGAGUGGAUUGGAGAAAUCAUGUGAAGUCUGUGGCUAUUCAGAUGAACGUGGUCCAGAACAGGCUAUUUUCUGUGGCAUUACUACAAUUCGUCUUGUAUCGAGUGGAAAAUAUCAAAAUUUAGCUGUGGUUGCGCUAAGAAAGGCCGAUGAGAAUGAUUUGGAAAUUGCUACACUUGUCUGUCCAUUAUAAUUUGCUUAAUUUCAAUAUUCUUAAAACAUCCAUCGACAACAAACAACAACAAAAAACUUCUACGAUUUUAUAUUAUUUAAAACAAAAAAUAUCUCAUAACAAUUAUUUAUUAAUAAUCACAAAUUUCCCACACAUAAGAACAUAAAAGAAAACUUUAAAAGUAGCCAAAAAUGUCUCCAAAAAAGUAGUGAUAGACCAAAAACCAAAUGCAUAUAAAAUGUACAUUAUGUACUUACAUCUAAACAAGAAGUAAUGUCUCAUAAAAUGUAGAAUAAAAGCAAAAUAAUAAAUAUAUUAUCUCCAAAAUGUGUAAAUACCAAUUCAUAAACAUGCUAAUUGAAAAUACCUACCUUAAAAAAUUCAAAAAAAUAAAAAUCAUUAUCAUUAUUAUUUGAUGUUAAAAUACUUUUCGAGUAUAUAAAUGUUAAAAUAAUCAAAACAAAAAAUAAUUUAUUGAA